GUCGACCACUUCACACUGGAAAUGUUGACAAUCGUCGUCUUCCUUGCAUUGUGCGCAGUCGUCUCCCUUUUCGGGGUCCUCUCCAACUUCCUCAGCAUCGUCGUCCUGACCAGGGCCGGCUUCCAGGACACGGUCAGCAUCACCUUGCUGGGGCUGUCGGUGUCCGACCUGGGUAGUCUGCUGUCCGUCCUGUGGAGGAACUUCACGAUGAGGGAGCUCGUCUCCACCACCGACCUGCCCCACUACGCCCUGGAGUACCUGUACCUGUCAGGCGGGACCAGUCUGGUCUGGUUCACGCGGACCACCACUUGGAUAUCUGCGUACAUGACCUUCAAACGGUUUCUCUGCAUCAUCGUGCCGCUAAAGGUAAGGUGUAGACAUGGACAGGUAAGUUCUACAUACAAUCUCGCAAGGAGUACACAAUGACUUUAGUUGCAUAUAAGGAGGGUAAUUUAUAAAACCAGUUCACAAUGAGUUGUACACAAGGUCUGGUCACUCUCCAUUUAGAUUUCGUUUCGAGAUGUCAGACUUUUGAUCUACUGAAACAUUUUUAGAACCUGGAUUUAAAUAAAAACACCUUUGAAAACAUACAUGUUAGAAAUGUUGAUUUGUUUCGUGGAGUAUCUUCAUCUAAAAGUAACAACUCCUUGAUGUAAUACCACGGUGGUUGACAAGGUAAUGCACCCAAUCUUGUUUAUCGUAAUCCAAAAUAUGAAACAAGGCGAUAUCAUUGAGAUCAUCGUAUAAUUUGACGAUUAACUCUAAUAAUUGUUCAGAUCUUUAAACCUAACGUGUUUAUCUAUGUAAGUCAGUACAGACUGUUAAUGACAUGGCCGACCAAUUCUUCUUUUUUUUUUAAACUCACUAAUAAGCGUCAGAUAAUUUCAUUAAUUGAACAUAUUUUGUGUAUCUUUUUAUCAGGUGAAAACCAUCAUCACCAGGAAGCGAGCCAUCGUCAUCAUCGUCUGCAUCUACGUCAUCACGUUGGCCACGGUCCUCCCGGCCUACUACGCCACGCAGAUGACACUCGAGUUCUCACCGGAAGCCAACAAGUCCAUCCUCGUGCUCUUCUUCACCCGGGACCGAGAUCUCGUGAACCUGAUGGCGUCACCCGUCUACAACGUCGUCCUCCAGGUGGCGUCCUUCAUCGCCGUGGUCGCCUUCACGGCGGCGCUCGUCGUGGAGCUUGAGAAUAAAAAAAACGUGGAGGAAGACCGCGGUGACGUCACGUCCGGCGUCCCUGACCGACAAGGACCGCAAGGUGGCGCAGAUGGUCGUCCUGAUAGCGGUGAACUUCAUCCUCGGUUACGUCCCCAUCACGGUGUGCUACGUGUGGGCCAGCGUCCAGCCCGUGCUCAGCGAUGCGUUCACCUUGGUUACAACGCUGGCCGUGUUCUCCAUAGCGGUCAACUCGUCGGUCAACAUACUGGUGUAUCUGAAGAUGAGCACCAGGUUCCGUAAGACGUUUCACGAGUUGUUUCGU